AUGGAAGCACUCAAAGGACGAUUCCCUGACUUGGCCUUCUGCCCCCUUCGGAAACCAACUGGGUUUGAUCCCGCUACGAUUCACUUACCUGUUGGCCACGUCAAAGCGGAAGGGCGGCGACCCUUCACCGUCGAGUCUGUCUUCGCCAGGGACGUGGAAGUACUGAUGCGUGACGGCAUCAAAAUCUACUCUGAUGUGUUUCGGCCCGCGAGCUCAAGCGAUCCGGGUGGCCAGGUCCCUGCGAUUAUAGCAUGGAGUCCCUAUGGAAAGGAUAGCAGUAUGCCUUUCAUUUUACACAUUCAUGCGGAUUACAAACAGCUGAUUGAUACAGAGGGUCACUCAUACGAUCAUAUGGGACCGUUCCGCUGUGGUCUCAAGCUGGAUCAAACUUCCGGAUACGAAAAGUUCGAGGCUCCUGAUCCAGCCGACUGGUGUGCUAGAGGCUAUGCCGUCAUUAACCCUGACGCUCGAGGCGCUGGGUUCUCUGAAGGAGAUAUCGCCCAGUGGGGAGAUCAGGAAGCCUUUGACUUGCACGACCUUAUUGACUGGGUUUCUAAGCAACCAUGGUGUAAUGGGUGUGUUGGUAUGGCUGGAAACUCUUGGCUUGCUACCGCACAGGUCAACGUUGCUGCUCGAAACCCUCAUCCGGCUUUAAAGGCAAUUGCGCCGUGGGAGGCUGCGACUGACGGAUACAACGAUUUCAUGGCCCGGGGUGGCAUUCCCCGAAGCGGAUUCAUGAGAAUGUUGUAUCAGACAAUGACUGGUAAUAGGGGAGCGGAAGACGGCGGUGCCAUGGUUGAGAAACGACCGCUCUUUGACGAGUACUGGGCGACCAAGGUCAUCCCAGUCGAAAAUAUUGACCUCCCAAUGUAUCUCACGACAUCUUAUUCCACCUGUCUUCACUCUCGCGGGUCGUUUGAGACUUUCGCCAAGGCAAAGUCCACUCAGAAGUGGCUCCGGGUUCAUCAUACGCAAGAAUGGUACGACAUAUAUCGCAAGAAGAAUAACGACGAGCUCCAGAAGUUUUUCGACAGGUAUUGCAAAGGAAUCUCGAAUGAUUGGGAGCAAACCCCAAGGCUCCGACUCUCCCUUCUUGGCUUUGACGGCAGUCCGGCAAAGACUAUCGUGGAGCGCGCUGAGGCCGCCUUUCCGGUCCCGGGAACCGAGUAUCGCAAAUUCUUCCUCGACGCUACAACUUUGUCGUUGUCACUCGAGAAACCGGCAUCUGAAUCAAGCACCAGCUAUGAAGCACAUCAUAUGACUGACUGCACAGACUUCAGCGUUCGUUUCCACGAGUAUACAGAGGUUUCUGGAUAUCCUGUAGUCAAGUUAUGGAUGUCGUGUGACGAGCAUGACGACAUGGACGUGAACAUACAGAUUCGGAAGAUUGACGCCAAUGGAAAACUACUUACCAGCCUCAAUUACCCAUGCCCUGUACCGGCCGAGGAGGUCGCCAAUACGAAUGUCGCUAAGUUUCUCGGUUGCGAUGGGAUGUUAAAGGCCAGCCAUCGAGUCUCGAAGGAAAUUGUAAACGGGCUCCCGAGGUAUAAGCACAAUCGAUUAGAAAAGAUCCCCCCGGGAACUAUUAUAGAUCUUGAGAUUCCUCUAUGGCCUAUUGGUAUGGUCUUUGAAAGUGGCGAGGGAAUUGUUCUGAGGGUUGCUGGACAUGAGUUGCGACUACCAGAGCUUGAGUUCAACAUGUCAGCUGCGGAUAAUCAGCCGCUCGUUGCUGACGACAGUGAGAAUGUCCUUGAAGAUCAUGACUCUGGACAAGACGAAGAAGUGGAGCCAUCAACGCAAAGUAUAAGCAGUUCCAUUCUUCAGUACCGCCAGGAAAAUGGGAGAACCUAUCACGGAUACAAAGAUGGCAAAUACAAUGUCCCCAAUGACGAGGAGGAAAACGAAAGACUCGAUUUGCAACAUGCUCUGUUCCUUCGAACCUUUGACGACAGACUUGGCUUUGCCCCUCCUUGCAAGCCCGAAGCCAAAGUCCAGCAUGUUCUGGAUGUAGGCACUGGCACUGGAAUCUGGGUCAUGGACUAUGCAGAUGACCAUCCAAGCGCAGAGGUCAUUGGAGUCGACCUGUCUCCCAUUCAGCCCAGCUUGUAUGGAUACUUCUACCUCUUUUCUCGCUCAGCUAACAGUGUCAGUGUCCCUCCAAAUGUCCGAUUCAUCAUUGACGAUAUUGAAGAGGAGUGGCAGUACUCUUCAAAGUUUGACUAUAUCCAUAGUCGAAUGAUGAACUCUAGUGUCGCAGACUGGGAAAGCUACGCUACCAAGAUCUUCGAGAACCUAGAGCCAGGUGGCUAUACAGAGCUACAGGAGAUCGAUGUCUUUACUAAAUCCGACGACGGUACCCUGACGCCUCAGCACAAUCUAUGGCAGUGGGCCCAGCUUCUAUACGAUGCAUCUGUCAAACUAGGAAGACCAUACUUCGACCCGAGCAACAUAAAGGACAUUCUCACCAAGGUUGGCUUUGAGGAUGUAACGGAAGCAAAGUUUAAGUGGCCAAGCAACCGAUGGCCUAAAGACAAGAAGCAUAAAGAAUUAGGCGUAUGGAACAAUGAAAAUGCGAAUUUCUUCCUUGAGGCUGUGGCGAUAGCUCCACUGACGCGGGCUUUGGGAUGGUCGAGAGAAGAGGUCACUGUUUUCAUCGCUCAAGCCAGAAAAGAAGUCAAUGACCCUCGGAUUCAUGCAUACUGGCCAAUCAUCUCGGUGUAUGGCCGCAAGCCGGCCAAAUAA